GCAGCACCCAGAAGUGAACAGUAGGCGACCCGGAAGGUUUGAACUCCGACUGAGAGCAAGCAGAAAGAACAAUCUAACCCUUUAUAAAACAUUUCUUCUGUCCCAGGUUCAGGAUGGCUGAGCCUCGCUUUAACAAUCCAUAUUUCUGGCCUCCACCACCUACCAUGCCAGGCCAGCUGGAUAACCUAGUCUUGAUCAAUAAAAUCAAGGAGCAGCUGAUGGCAGAGAAGAUCAGACCGCCACAUCUGCCCCCUGCCUCAGUCCCCUCCCAGCAACCCUUGCUGGUUCCUCCCACCCAGACGGAAGGUGGCCAGCACGGGAUGCACAUUCCCAAAGCUCAGCAGAUGCAGGCUCUGCACACCCAUAGUCCAUCUCAGCCGGAUAUCGCCCUGCACGCCCGCCCCGCCUCCAGCUCGGUCGCAGGGCGCAUUCUGGGGGACGUAAACUUGAAUCUGGAUGAUAAGGCAGCUAUAAAAGCUAGAGGAUUGUGGGAAGACUGGCAUUUGCGUCAAAUCAUAGAACAACCCUCUAGAACAAACCACGUAUCAGGCGUGGCACUGGCAUCCAGAACAGGUAACCUCAACACCUCAGAUGUCAUCACCCCGACCACACCCACCUCAAGCAGCCAGAGUCGGCUGGGUGGAGCCCCCACGCCUCACCUCAUCUCAGGGUUAGCCAGCGGCCAUGGGAUGGAGCCACUAAAAAACACUGGGGGCUUGGCUGGACUCCUUGGGCCCCCUCCCAAGAUGGAACGUGGGCGUAAGAAGAUCAAGGCAGAGAACGGGACGUCUUCUCUUUUGGUGGUGCCCUACCCCAUCCUCGCCUCAGGCAACGACCAAUCCUGUGUCACCAUCACUGCCAAAGAGGGAAAAACUUACAGGUGUAAAGUUUGUCCCCUGACCUUCUUCUCCAAGUCAGACAUGCAGAUCCACUCUAAAACCCACACAGAGGCAAAGGCUCACAAGUGUCCCCACUGCACUAAGUCCUUUGCAAACGCGUCCUACCUGGCCCAGCACCUCCGCAUCCACCUGGGGGUCAAACCUUAUCAUUGCACCUACUGUGAGAAAUGCUUUCGCCAGCUCUCCCACCUGCAGCAGCACACCAGAAUCCACACGGGCGAUCGGCCCUAUAAAUGUGCCCAUCCAGGAUGUGAAAAGGCCUUCACGCAGCUAUCGAAUCUGCAGUCUCACCAGAGGCAGCACAACAAAGACAAGCCCUUCAAGUGUUCCAACUGUUACCGUGCCUACUCAGACUCGGCCUCGCUGCAGAUCCACCUGUCGGCCCACGCCAUCAAGAACGCCAAGGCCUACUGCUGCAGCAUGUGUGGCCGGGCGUACACCUCAGAGACCUACCUUAUGAAGCACAUGUCCAAACACACGAUGGUGGAGCACCUGGUGACCCACCACUCCCCACAGCACAGGACAGAGUCCCCCUCCAUCCCUAUACGGAUCUCCCUCAUCUGAGCCUCUCCUCAGCCGCUCUGCCGUCAGAGACUGUCUCUCCUCCACCGGCUCCUGCUCCCUCAUCAAAGGGUUCCAAAAAUGUGCCAGAUUGUAUUUGUAUCUUGUGAAGAGGUACUCUGUUAACGAGUAUAUCCUCCUUUCCUUUUCUUGCUGACCAGAUAGUAUUAUCGGGGACAUCCAAAGAUGAUCUUACAGCACUUUCAAGCCUAGAAAUGAUAGGCCAAAAAAGUUUUUUUUUUUUAAGUCUGACUUCAUAGAAAAAAAGGUAUCGCUCCAGGCAGCUACAUGAAAACUUUUCACGUUAAAAUGGAUUAUUUUGUCUUUUUAUAUGGUCCUUUUCUUUCUUUAACUCAAGUCUUUGCAAAAAAAAAAAAAAAAAAAAUUGCAUCAGAAACCUUGUCUUCCUUUAGCUAGGCCAAGUGACCAUAAAGGUGAACGCUUAUAUAAAGUGUAUUCAUGUGUCUUGUGCCACUUUUUUUUAUUUUACAUCAGUGUUUGCAAGAUUUUGCUGAUCAAGUCUGUCUGAAUAUAACUCACGCGCAUAAUUUCUGCGUCUGUUUUUUACUCCAUAGAUUUUCUUUUACAUAUAUAUUUUUUUAGUGUUAUGAAAAACACUCAAGAACAUCGUUAGGAGUCCAAAUUUUGAUCUGGACACAUUUGAAAAGUGUUUGGGCUCACUUUUAAUCGUAAGCACUGCCAUGUAGUGUCAAUGAAAGACUCCAGCUUAUUGGUUUGGCACUCACACACAUUUAAAGAUUAAAGUAAAAAGGUGUUGAGGGUGAGAGCAUCUUCUUUUCCUUUAAGUGCUACCAAGAAUUGUAUGAUUUAUUUUGUUUGUUUUUGUAUUGUGAUUUUUUAAAAAAAAAUAUCUUUAUAUGCAGGUCAAGACUCCCUGAGAAUGUAAUUUUUUUUAAAUAAUGUUUUUCCUUUCCAAAUUAACCACAAUAUUUAUGUUAACUGUUAUUAUUACAUUGAAUGAUGCACUUAAUGUACUUUUGCCCACUUUAUAUUUAAUUGGGUUCGCCAA